UCGGAAGUUUCGGAAAAUUUGCGGCUUUCAGGCUUUGCUGAAGUGUUUAAUUAAAUUUAAAUCCAACUUCAGCCAUCAAAAGAAGCAAUAUUUACUAAAGUUGUUGUAUCCCAAGCGUUAGUUUUACUGAUUAACAAUGGAGAAUAGUAGCACCGUGGCCAGAGCCGUUGGCCAGGUUGUAGAUCAGGCACCUUUCAACCCCGUUACUCAGAACAAUGCUGCUCUGACAACGGAACACCCGACAAAUGCGAUUACGAGCAACGAUCCGGACGAGCUCAACGAUGUCGAGUUUUUGGACGAUUACAAGGCGGAAGUCGUGAAGUCCUUGCAGCUUGAAACGGCUGCGAAGGGUCCUCUAGCUCCAAUCGAUUACCGUGAGCUGUACCUGCGUCGGGUCGCCCAGACCAACGCGAGCGAACUUCGGCUGAAGAAAGAGGUGGCCAAAAUGCGUCGGUGCGAAGCCUUGAAAGUAAAGCUGGAGCAAAAGCUGGUGGCAGCCGAGGCGGAGCUCAAACUGUUGAAGAAGGAGGUGAGCAUUCUGCUGAAACGCAGAGCCAGGGAACGAUUCCAGAAGCGGUUGCGCUUUGGCAGAGUGGUUCCUCGGAAGCGUGUCGGAAAUCCGUUCCGAAUGGUGCGCAAGUGAUGGCAGUUAAGUUAACGUUUAUUAUUAUAUUGAACACUAGUAUUAUUUGACCUAAAACGUGAUUAUAAAAUGAUA